CGCUCAUUGUUGACACGGGCCCUUCCGUUCUUCACCAGCCAUCAGCCAUCCCCCAUCCAACGUGGACCCCCCCCAAACAACACAUGCGAGCUUGUACCUCUGUUCUUCAUCACCAUCACCAGCUUCAUUUGCUCCCCUCUGGCCGUGGCUCAGUGUCCCAUUGCGUAUACACAUUAUACCUCCACUUACAACGCCUUGUCAAUUGCUGAAAUUCGCUUUAUGCGCAUUCGCUUUCGACCUACCUACCAACAUGUCCAACCAUAGAUACAACUCGUGGCUGAAGACCAAGAAGAAGGGCGAACUCGAGAAUCUUGCUGAGUCUGUUGGUCUGUCAGAGUAUGUUCAUUUCACACCCGAUCUACUGAUAUACGUGCCAUUUACGCGCGCACCACCCGUUCUCCAAUAUUGCCCGCAUCGCCUUUCUUUGUUCUUAUUUUGCGCCCAAGCAUGUCCAAGCGCCUUCGCGACGCGCCCACUCUACCAUCAUGACCCCUCUAUGCGAUCAAGGAAACACUCUUGCGCUGACACGAAUAUGCAGUAUCGACGGUUACAAGAAAGACGACCUUGGUGUGGCUCUUGAUAACUACCUUACUGAGAACUCAACGCGCUUUCUCGCCAACCCCGAGCUCGCUGGCUACUUCAACAGCCGCUCCAAGGCCCAAGGAUCUCCAAUCAAGAGAGAAGUGAAUCGUGAAGAUGCCCUGAAGGUAGUCCGAAGACGACCCUCCAAGGUCGUGGAAGAAGUAACCCCCGAAAGCGACGAUGCCUCUUCUCCCCAAGCUACAUCGACAGCACUCGUCGAGACUCCUGGUCGCGCUCUGUCCGAGGUCGCAUCGCGCAUUGCGCUUCCCGCCACGCCCGCUGAUGUUGCUCUCGCUGUUGAUCGCUCCACUAGCAUUGUGCGCCAGCGCGUCUCGUCACUUUACGAGGAGAGUGGAAUCACCGAGGUCAGUCAUGCGACUCGCGACACUCUCAGUACCGUCACCAGCAUCCUAUUCUGUGUCGCGGGUUGGGAGCUAUGGAACGUUCGGCGCGAAAUUCUAAGCAAUGUUUACGCGUUUACAAUUCCCGCUAUCAGCACACUCGGCACAUCGGACUACCCUGUCUAUGUUCCUGAUAUGUUCCUUCUUUUAACGUCUAGCUUCUGGUCUCCCGCCUUGACUUGGAUACUGACCAGCGUCAUCAUCCCCUCCUUUGCUGGUUACUUCUUCAACCUGAGCGCGACAAGCCCCCCACCUUCGCGCGGACGCCCUCGCCCAAGCCAUGCGGACUAUGUCGUCGAUCCCUUGACUUUUAGCAUCGUCAAAGCCUUGGUUUCAUUCGUUGUUUACGGCCAAGGCGUUAAUUUUGGCGGUCUUUUGAACGAUCUGUCUAUAAUGCGCCUUGAGAACGCCAUAUAUGGCGGCUAUAAGGGCAUCCUGACUGGCACUGCUGUCACUGCCGUGGUCAGCAUUUACGACGCCGUUCUGAGGAAGUAAGAUGUUUCGAGGUGAGCCCAGUGCUGUACAGGGUUAUUGAUUCUCAACAACCUAUUAUACGAUUUGGGAGACAGCAGCAGAGAUGACGAGCAACCCAUAUCGCUCAUAUACUCAGCGACACUCGCUUGAGUUACUCAGUCUUGCAUUUGGGCGUCAUGGCGUUGGAGGGUUUUUCAGUGUUGAAGGCGUCAGGGGAUUUUGAUACCUCAGGGAUAAUUGUGUUCUCUUGGCUUUGCCUCUUAAAGGUGGUACUUUUUGCGAGCUCUUUUGGGUUCAGCAAGCCGUUGUGAUGCGCCCUUUGCCUGCGGUCUGAAGCAUUCAUCAGCCCUUCGUCGUUGAACGAAGUCGAAUGUGACGAGGCAAGGAAUUCCCCGAAAACGCACGAAAUGGCGAGCGCAUAUUGCUCCAUACUAAGUUGACGGCCAGCCUGGAGCCGGCAUUUAGUUCCUUUAUAUUGAUGUUUUGGUGUCAUUCUGAGUUGGGACAUGGAGACUGGUUAGUUGGAAGAAGGCGCCUUCAAUUGAAUGGAUGAUGGCUUAGCUUAUAGUAGGGACUUUUGAAUUAUGAACAGAUAAUAUGCCCUGAAUGACUCUUCUUUUCCAGCCCCUGCACUCCAAGAGAAUAC